AUGGAUAAUGUUCAAUACUCCACGUGGGCGGAGUUAUUCAAGGUUCAUGGUCGUUCUCAUAAGGUCAAUCAUCACAUCAUUCCUCCAAAGGAGAAGGUUGUCACACCAUCUAUUGAUGAGGAGAAGGAGCUUUGGUCGACGUUAGAUGCGGCUGUCCUAGGGUGGAUUUAUUUCACCAUCUCUUACGAUCUUUUGAACACCAUUAUUGAACCUGACUCCACAACAAUGGAAGCUUGGAAUAGGCUACGUGACAUAUUCCAGAACAAUCAAAAUUCCAGAGUCGUCUCUCUUGAACAAGAGUUCUCAAACACCAAAAUGGAGGCCUUUCCCAAUGCCUUGGCUUAUUGUCAGCGGCACAAGGGCCUCUCCGAUAAGCUGAAUAAUGUGGGAGUGCCGGUGGAUAACAACCGUCUUGUCCUUCAAUUGGUUUAUGGUCUUACGGAAGCCUAUAAUGGUGUUGCAACUUUAAUCCGGCAAAGCACUCCUUUGCCUCAAUUUUACCAAGCCCGGUCUAAACCUACAUUGGAGGAGGCGAGUUUGGCAAAAAAGGCAGCCACGGAAUCAGCUAUGGUGGCCAGUUAA